GACCUUCAAUCAUCUGAGUAAAUCUUCUAUCAAAUAAUUGGUUCGUGAAUAUAACUUACGGUACAAUACUGCUGCCUAUACGAUAUAUCAAAAAGUGUAAAUAUUAAUUAAACUUAAUUAACUGUUUAUCUACUUAAUCGAGUCCCUACAUUUUUAAGUUUAGAAGAUUUAACAAGUCUUGGAAUCGCUCUCUUAGAAUAAAAUCCUAAUGCUAAUCAAGCAUAUAUAAUACAUAUUAUAGCGAUCCUAAAUUAGUAGAGAGUAACUUGUAAAAAUUGUAUAUAAAAAAUAAAGCUAAUAAGUAGGUUAUGGUGAGUUAGAAGUGCAUACAGUAAGAAGUCGACUUCGGGCCAACUGUCAGUUUUUUAAAAUUUAAGUUAAAUUGUAAAUCAGUGAAUUAUAAGCAUGGAUUUAUCUAAUAACGAUUUGGAGGAAUACGUCGAAAAACUUGAAAACUUAUUUUUAAUUGAGAAAUCGAAUAAAAAAUAUCGUCAUGAAUUAACUUUAUUGAUUGAAAAUAUUUCCUGCGAAUUAAAUACCAGUAGAAAAAAUGAAAAUUCUUUGAGAGAUGAUUUGAAAAAAUUGAUUGAAUGUGGUGAUUUGGAUAUUAAUCAAAAGUAUGUACAAGCUGAAGAAAAAUGUAAUAAACAACAGAUUGAAAUAGUAUUAUUGACAAAAAAGAUAGAAGAAUUAAGAAAUCAAACAAAUUUAGACUUAGAGAUACAAAAAAAUGAAUUUUUAAAUAAAAUUAAAAAUAUAGAAGAAACUUUGGGAUCUCAAAUAGUCAAUUUGAAAAGUCAACUUGAGAGUCAAAAAAUAUGCCACGAAACAAAGGAACAAGAAUUGUAUAAUGAAAUGCAAAUGAUGCAGGCUGCAAGCGCCUUGGAGUGGGAUGAAAAAGAAUCUAGCUACAAAAAACAAAUCUCAGAUUCUGCAAAUAAUUUAAGGUUGUUUCAAAGUAGAAUCAGAAGCAUGCAAUGUGAAAUAAACCAAUUAAAAACUCAAUUGUCAAUAUUGAAAUGCCCUCCCAUAGAUAAUAACAUGUAUCCUCAAGAAACACCUAUAAGGCAAUUUAAGAAUCAAUUAGUUCAGAAGAAACUGUAUGAAACCAGUUGUAACGAGUAUAUUGAUGAAAAUCAGGUUUGCACCAAUGUUACGGAGAAUACAAAUGAGUACUGUAGACCGACAUCUUCUGCUUCAACUGUUGAAGUAAUUAGGUCAAGUCAAACUCAUACAUAUAAACCUAAUAUAACUGAUUUAGAUGAAAUCGCUCAACAAGAAGGGACAUCUAAUGGAAAAUCACAGAAAAAAUUGUCUAAUUCAAUUGAAACUACACACAGUUCAAAUUUUAAACCGAUUAACCAGUUGUAUGCUCCGGUUGUAUUCAAAGGCAAAAAUCGAGCUAGAGCUAAUAAUUUAUUACCACCGCUUAAACAACUGGGUAAUUCUGGAUUAAAUAACACGAACAAAAAAGAGAUGCAACGCAAGAAAAGGAAAUUAUACGACCCAAAUAGUUAUGAUUAUUUAUCUACUUAAAUAAUAAAAAUUUUUUGAGUUUACCAAA